AUGUCAGAGACCCCCUCGUCGAUUGCGGUGAACUCCACGGCGGCCACCUUUGGAGACGAUGCGGUACAGGACGUGGCGGCCGGGCAGGAGCACGGACACGAGCAGAUGGAGCAGAUGGAGCAGGACGGCGGGGCGCCGUCGCCGGCGCCAGCGCCGGCGCCACGGGGCACGCACGGGUCGGCUGGCACGCUUGUGGCAGAGCUGCUGGCCCGGGUGCCGGCGGACUGCGACGCCGAGCUGGCGCAGGACCCGAACUUGGCCGCCUUCGUGGAGUUCCACAAGCUGGUGAAGGACUUCCAGCCCGCAGAGAGCUCGGGCAAGGAGGCUGCCCGCGUGUUCCUGCGCCCGAUCCCCAAGUACAACUGGGACACGCUGUCGUUGGCGUUCGAGCACGUGUACAAGCUGUACACGGCCGAGAUCAACGACAUCCUGGCGGACUUCGACCGCCUCGACAUCAAGCGCUCCAUCUGGCAGGAGAGCGCGUUCCGCAUGGACGGCGAGCGGGCGUCCAGGCGCUUCCGGGCCAUCGAGACCUGGAUCUCCGACUCAGACCUCUACGUGAACGUCAUGCGCAAGGACCUCUCCUCGUCCGUCCAGAUCAUCAAGCACACCUUGGACAAGCUCAACAACCCGGACCCUGGCGCCGGCGCCGCCGCAGCCCCCGGCCCGGACUUCGACCUCGACCACGACCUCGACCCGGCCAUCUCCGACUCCACCCCGGGCCCGGCAAAGACGUCCACCCCGACCCCAGGCUGA